GGGCAAAGCAGAUGCCCAAGUCCCCUUAUUCGGUUAUUCCUUCGACGCGUUGUUUGACCUCCUCUGAUCCUCUCCUCUCAUAUCCGUAUUUACCGUUACCAUUAACUAACGGUGACGGCGAUUUUACAAACGGCUCUACCUUGUAAGGACCAAGGAGGCAAGGACUAUGUACUUCGGUGUUACCAACUUACCUGGUGUAGGUUUGUACUUUGUUUAAACAGAAUCCGUUAUCGUUCCUCUCUCUCUCUCUCUCUUUCUGCUUGUUUUGACGGAAGUCACGGAACAACUGGGUGAAGAAGAUGAGUAUCGCUUGUGAAGGUCUCUGUUGCAAGGGAUUCACAUCCUAUAUGAAAAGGUAAUCUUUGAAGAUCCUUUUAGUUUCGUUUGGGCGUCUGGGUUUCUUUUUCUCUUUUCUAGGGUUAGGGUUUCUAGAUUUUUAGGCUCGUCCCCUGAAAAUCUUCAUCUUGAUGGAUUCAAUUCCCGUGAUAUCAUAUUUGUCUCCUGUUUUCGACCAAUUUCAGGAUAUUCUGGGUUUGCGAUUUGAUUUGAUUUAAUUUUGUUUUGAUGUCCUUGUUCAACCUCUCUGGGAUUUUCUUAGUUAGGGAUUUUGAUUCUGGUGUUACCUCUGUAUCUUAAUGUCGUUCUUUUGGGUUCCUGGUGAAAUUGAUUGAUGAAUUUGGGGUUUGUUUUGUGUCUUCCUUCUGUAAUUGAUCUAUGAAUUAUGAGAUGCCAUAGUUGACUCGGGUGGACUGAGAAAUUCCACCCAACCAGCUUUGAAAACAAAAAAGAAACCCUAGAACAGAUAAAGGGGGGAAAUGGGAGAAACUCUCCUCACAACCCUAUCCAUGGAGAAUCAUCACCCGUCGACUCUCCUGUCCAUGGAUUCAAGUUCCAACUCGCACGAUGAAUCGGAACGCGAGAUGAAUCGGCAGAUAAUCCUCUCUCGCCCGCCCGAUAUCAAUCUCCCACUGUCGGCCGAAAGGAGCCCACCUCCCCAGCCGUGGAACGGGGACGCAUGUGAUAUCCUAGAUGUCGGUCUUGGGUCUCAGAUCUAUGAGACAGAGGCCCUCCUUCAUCUCCCUAAGACUGGGCGGAAAUGUGCCAAGCGGGUUGAUACCAUCUGGGGCGCCUGGUUUUUCUUCACUUUCUACUUCAAGCCUGUUCUGAAUGAGAAAUCUAAGGGGAAGAUUACCCGGGACAGCAAUGGGGUUUCUGGGUUUGAUAAGUUGGACCUCCAGCUUGAUGUUUUCUUGGUUCAGCAUGAUAUGGAGAACAUGUACAUGUGGGUCUUCAAAGAAAGGCCUGAGAAUGCUCUCGGUAAGAUGCAGCUACGGAGUUACAUGAAUGGGCACUCCCGCCAAGGGGAGCGGCCCUUUCCAUUCAGCGUGGACAAGGGCUUCGUCCGAUCCCACAGGAUGCAGAGGAAGCAUUACAGGGGCCUCUCAAACCCCCAAUGCGUGCAUGGUAUUGAGGUUGUCCGGUCGCCAAAUCUCAUGGGUCUUGAUGAGGAAGAGCGGAAAAGAUGGAUGGAGCUGACAGGACGGGAUUUGAACUUCUCCAUCCCACCUGAAGCAAGUGAUUUUGCUGCCUGGAGGAACCUCCCAAACACAGAUUUCGAGCUUGAGAGGCCCCCUCCUCCAAUAAAGAGUAACACACACUCCCACCCAAGGAGAUUGCUUAAUGGAUCUGGUUUGAAUUUGUCAACUCAACCAUCUAACCAUGUCAAUGGUGAUGGUAUGGACCUUUCGCCUGUUAGCAACAAGAGGAGGAAGGACUUUUUCCCACAUGGGAUUGAUGACGAUUGUUGUUUGCCUAUUAAUUCGCAUUCUGAGCGAGUUCCAGACAUGGAGAUGCACCCAUUUGAGCCACUAUGGUUGAACGAUUUUAGUGGUGUAAUGAGGAAUAUACAUGGCCCUGUUACAGCUGCAAAAACCAUUUAUGAGAAUGAAGAAGGGUAUUUGAUCAUCGUCAGUGUGCCUUUUGCUGAUCUUCAAAGGGUGAAAGUUUCUUGGAGAAACACACUCACUCAUGGGGUUGUAAAGAUAUCUUGUGUGAGCACAGCCCGCAUGCCAUUCAUCAAGAGACAUGAUAGGACGUUCAAGCUUACUGAUCCAUCUCCUGAGCACUGCCCUCCUGGAGAGUUCAUAAGGGAAAUCCCACUUGCAGCUCGUAUUCCAGAAGAUGCAACACUAGAAGCAUACUAUGAUGAGACAGGAACAGUGCUAGAGAUUUUAGUGCCAAAGCACCGUGUGGGACCAGAAGAACAUGAGGUUCGAGUGUGCCUUCGUCCUCACCUUGGAGCCAACGAGCUACUAUUGACUUGAAAGAAUAAUUGAUUUGAGAAAUGUAAGGGUGGAUACCAUGGCCAGUUUUCUUUAUUUGCUAACUUUGUACCAUAAAUGAAAUCUAAGAAGGAAAAUAGUUCAACUUUAUUGGGCACUCUCUUGCAACUAUGGGAUUGUUCUGGAGCCUCAAACUUGAAGUUAUAAAGUUGGUGGUUUUUGCAGACCCUGGGUGUACUAGUGUCUGAAAGAUGUUCUAUCAGACUAAAUUAUCUCCUAAGCAUGAUGGAGAAAUAUUGUAUAGACAUUCAUCAUGGUUAUGUCAUGUGGAAGUGUCUUUUAGUGCUGCGAUUCGAUGAAAUUGUUCUCUUUGGAAUAAAUAAACAGUGAAUAUGACUAUAGGCAUUAAUUUCUUUUUGCAUGUUUGAUUCUUCAAGGGGUAGGUGCUGUCUAUUUUUUCAAGUACCUAUGGAUGUGUAGGUGAAGUUUAUUGUUUCCAUUGGAACUGGUAUUUUCUAAUGUGUUCAGCAGUGGGUUUUAGUAAA